AUGUUUUUGUGUUUUAAUUUUCUAUUUAAACAUUAUUCUGAUUUUGUUGGGAACAAAAAAAUCAGAAUUUCAAAUGAACAUGUAAACAAAACCACCAUGUUUCUUGUUUUUGUGUUUUCCGUUUUUAUUUUAAUUGUUCUGAUGUUGUUUUGAAAUUCUGAUUUUGGGUGUUUGUGUUUCUCUUCAAUGUUUUUGUUGUCUUCUGGUUUUGUUUGUGUUUUUAUGUUUUUGUGUUUAUAUAUUUUCUUGUUCUGAUAUUAUUUUUUAAUUCUGUUUGUUUUUGUGUUUUCUUUAAUGUUUUUCUUGUCUUCUGGUUUUGUUUGUUUUUAUUUUAUUCUGAUUUGUUAUUUCUGAUUGUUUUUCUCUUUUUCUAUGUCCUCCUGUUUUUCUCUAGUCUUUUCACCAAAAACACAU